UGUUCGUUGUUGAUCGCUUGUUGUGAAACUGUAAUUCAUUUUAUUUUACAAACUAUUUUUGACUUGAAUAAGUGGAAAAAAAUGGCUGCUAAGAUCGACCAGAAAGCUUAUUUACAGAAAUAUUUAACUGGCUCGUCGGGUGACAAAAAGAAAAAGAAGAAAAAAGUCAUGAAAGGCAAAGGGAUCAAAUUAAUUGAUGAUGACAUAGACUUGUCGAAGCUCCGUCCGCUAGAUGGUGAUGAGUUUAUUUUGGACGGGGGUGAGGAUGCCCCGCAGAUCGCCGGCAUCAUCGAUGAGAGGCCCGAGGAGGUGCAGAAGAUGGAGCAGUUUAAGACUAGUUCCAAGUGGAAAGUUGUUAAUCAGGAUGAUGGUUUCAACAGUAGACUACAAGUACAAGAAAUAAAAAAGGACAUCAAAGAGAAAGAGAAGGAAAAUGAACUUGUAUUCGGGAAAAUGUACAGUGAUUCCGAAGAUGAAUCAGAAAAAGACAACUCAAAGAAUAAAAACAAAGAUAAGAGUUCUAAAAAGGCUCAAAAUAGUGAUAGUGAUAUUAGUCCACCAAGGCAAAGUUCACCUCAAAAAGAUAAAAAAUAUGAUUCAGAUCAGUCUCCUCCUAGAAAAAAUAGUCAAAAAAGAGAUAAGAGAAGAGGUCAUGACUCUGACGAGUCACCACCAAGAAGGAAAGACCAAAGAAGUAGAAAGAAUUAUGAUUCUGACCAAUCACCCCCAAGAAGAGGUCAAGAAAGGAUUAAUUACGAUUCUGACCAGUCACCUCCAAGAAAAUCUCAAAAAGAACAAAAAAGAUCAGACUUAUCGUCUUCUAGAAAAGGUCAGAAAGAUUAUGACUCUGAUGCAUCGCCUCCAAGAAAGAAUCAAAGUAAGUAUGGUUCCGAUCAAUCGCCGGCAAGGAAAAAGGAAAAUAGACCUAAAGAAAGAAGGAAACCGAGUCGUUGGGGAGACUGGGAGAAAGAACAAGAUUAUGAUAUGUCACCGCAAAGAAAAUCAAGUAAAAGCUCAAAAUCUCCAAAAAGAUAUUCAAGAUCACCACAAAGAAAAGCCAAGCACUCGCGCAGUUCAACCUCACCAAGAAGGAACGAUAAGAAUGAAAGGAAAAGGAAAUCACCAAGGAGGGGUUCAGAUUCUGACUUGUCACCACCAAGAAAACAAAAGAAUAAAGAUAAACGGAGAAAAUCUUCAGAUUCUGACUUGUCACCACCUAGAAAGAAUGGUACUAAGAAUAGAAGAAACAGUGACUCAGACCAGUCACCACCCCGAAGAAAGAAUGACAGUCCACCGCCAACCCACAAGAAAAUGGCUCGGACACUCGAAGGGAAGCUAGCGGGUCUACAAGAUGCCGGACAACUGAGGCAGGAGAAUGAAGCGUUCAGGAGGAGAGAGGAGGAAGCCUUUAGUAGGAUGAAUGAUGAAGUCUCGGGGAGAAAUGCUACAGUAGUAUCUAGGAAAAGUAAAAGAGAUACAUCAGAAGAGAGACAGAAGCAGAAAGAAAAAGCAGAAAGGCAAAAGGAGCUUGACGAAAAAUACAAAAAAUGGAGCAGAGGCCUGAAACAAAUUCAAGACCAAGAAUCCCGCGUCCAAGAUUUCGUGCACGAGUCAUCCAAGCCAUUAGCCAGACAUAAGGACGACGUAGAUUUAGAAAGCAGGCUUAAAGACAUCGAGAGAGAGGGAGAUCCUAUGCUCGCUUACAUGAGAGAGAAGAAGAGAGAACGAGGGGAACUGCCUCCAGAACGUCCCACCUACAAAGGCAGUUUCCCGCCAAACCGCUUCAACAUUCGUCCCGGUUACCGCUGGGACGGCGUCGAUCGUUCCAAUGGCUACGAAAAAAGCUUCUUCGAACACCAGAGUAAAAGGCGAGCGCAAGAAGAAGAGGCGUAUAAAUGGAGUACUGAAGACCUAUAAGCGACCUUAUGGUUAGAGCCAUUGAGUGCAUUUUGUAUUGACAUGAUUUACACAUUUGUGGCAGUUUGAAGUUCGAUUUGUUUGAAGAUGAGGUUUGUAAAUGGAACACUGAUGAUCUAUAAGCGACCUUAUGGUUAGGGUUAUUAAGUGCAUAUUAGAUUGACUUGGUUUAUACACUUAUGGCUGUUUUUAAAUUCGACCAUUACCUAAGAGCACUGUCGUUCUCUAAUCAAUCUUAUGUUUAAAGAUAUAGAGUUAAUUUUCACGUACAAGGGCAAUUUAUCGAAGCCCUGACGCAAGAAGAGGAGGCAUAUAAACGGAGUACCGACCUAUAAGCGACCUUAUGGUUAGAGAUAUUGACUGCAUUUUGUAUUGACUUGAUUUACACAUUUGUGGCAGUUUGAAGUUCGAUUUGUUUGAAGCUGUUUGUAAAUGGAACACUAAAUAUCUAUAAGCGACCUUAUGGUUAGAGACAUUAAGUGUAUUUUAGAUUGAUUUGUUAUACACUUAUGGCUGUUUUAAAAUUCGAUCGUUACCUGAGAGCAGUGUCGUUCUCUAAUCAAUCUUACGUUUAAAGAUAUAGAGUUCAUUUUCACGUACAAGGGCAAUUUAUCGAAGCCCUGACGCAAGAAGAGGAGGCAUAUAAAUGGAGUACCAAACUAUAAGCGACCUCAUGGUUUAUAAUUAGCAAGAUUAUGACUAGUGGCUCUGAGCUGUAGACCUCGCCGCCUGAGCCGGUCCGUCACCGUCGACGCAAGCUCCUGAUGACGCUCCUCGGUACGGAGUGAAACAUGUCGAGCGUUUUCGACUUAAAAGACGUGAGUGACCCGUUAUUAAUAUAUUUAAUACCUCGCGAUACAUUCAUAAGCUUAAAAUCAUUUUUUAAGCUUAUGAAGCUUUUUGUUUUUCAUUAAAACAAAAAAAAACUUCGUUGAGUCAUUAUCACAGCGUACUCACGAUGGUCUUAAGUAAGGCCCUAGACCCUAAUGACAAUUUCCACUGUUUUGAACAUUUUCCAAAAAACGAAACGAAAGAAAAAUUCUAUCUAACUACUAAACCUGCUCAUAAAAUUUCACGAGAAUCUGUUGAGAAUUGCGUAGGUUCUACUCUACGCAUACGAAAUCAGUUUGCCCGAGUCAAAAUGGAGACCUUCGCUAACGCUUCGGUCAACAUACAUACAUACAUACAUACAUAUAAUCACGCCUAUUUCCCGGAGGGGUAGGCAGAGACCACGGAUUUCCACUUGCUACGAUCCUGACAUACCUCUUUCGCUUCCUUCACUUUCAUAACAUUCCUCAUACACGCUCGCCGGUUUAGGGUGCUCUUAACCUGGCCUUUCUUCAGGAUUUCCCCGAUCUGAUCAGAGAAAGUCCGCCGAGGUCUGCCCCUUCCAACUCCCGUUUCUACCUCUCCCUUAUACACUCUCUUUGUUAGCCUUCUUUCACUCAUUCUUUCCACGUGUCCAAACCAUCUCAACAUACCUUUCUCAAUUUUUGUCACUACAUCUUCGCUCAGUCCACACUUUUCCCUUAUCACACUGUUCCUAAUUCUAUCUUGUAAUCUCACACCACACACACUUCUCAACGCUCUCAUUUCCACUGCAUUCACUUGGCUCUGAUGCCUCUUCUGCCAUACCCAACUUUCGCUACCAUACAACAGUGUAGGUACCAGCACCCCUCUAUGCACAGCCAACCGUGCCCUUUGCGACACCUUCUGGCUGCUCAUAAAAGCGUUAAGUGCCCCAUUCACGCGAUUUCCAGCACUCACUCUCCUUUCAAUAUCUUUAUCAUGCUUACCGUUCCUAGUGAAUAUUUUUAAUUAAUUUCGCUUCGGUCAAAAAGGGGAUUAUUAUACUUCGAAUGGCCUAUGAACGAACUGAAAGUUUCUAAAUAUACGAAAAAUUUUUGAUAUGGAAAGUGUUUUCUACAUAAAACAUAAAAUUAUACUUGGACUAAUUUGCGAUCUUUGUGCACGCUAUUAAUUGAUUUGAAUUUUCGGGCUAGUAAUAGUAUACACUAUUUUGAAUAUGAUCUAGUAAUUCUAGUGUAAACAUGCCCUUAAGACUAUUGUUACCAAAGAUACAUUGAUUGAGUAAGAUACGUAAAAUCUAAGACAAUUUCGUGCUUCGAAUUUGACAGGUAAACGAGAUGGCGCUGUACAGCUCCAUACAUUUUGCGGUAACUGUCAAAAAUUGACGUUUGACCAUUCAGUGACCGCAAAACAUUUUUAUUUAUUUAUAUAUCACAAUGUACACAACAAUUUUCUUACAAUUAUAUUCAUUCAUUCGUUCAUUUUUACAUUUUAAACAUUUAUUUAUGCUAUGCACUAAAAACUAAACUUAGAUACUAUCCGAAAAGUGAACAUGCAAUAUGCAUGAAUGCGGAUAUGGCACAGUACAGCGCCAUUUGUUUAGUAUGUCAAACUAAGGGGCACGUUUUUUUUCUUAUAUUUUACCUCUCUAUUACAAUCAAUUCUCUUUGCUACUGGAUAAAAUAAAUCGGUGUUCGAUGUUAAAUGUUUGUGUUUGUGCAAGUAGACUGGGACCACUGUCAGAUAAUUUGCUGACAAACUUACAAAUUAAGUUUAGACAAGUAUGUCAGUUGGUUACUAACAGUGUGAAAUAGAAGAUAAAUGUCGUAUAUCGAUGUUAGUAUACUGGUGACCUUCCGAAAACUAUCAAAUUAGCUAGUUUAAAUACUAUGGUUUAUGGUUUAAGAACAUUUCUCCAAAAGAAUAUUACAAUUCACUUACAUAGAGAAAUACAAACAAACAUUACAUACAUUAUUUACAGAGUGCACGAAUAGCACAAAAUAUAUUCUAAAACAGAACAAAGUAACUUAUUUAUUUUUGCAAGAAAAAAAUGGGUAUGUUGUACAGUGGGUAAAUACUUGGGUAAAUAUUGUGAAGUUUUUUUACCUAAAUGUUAUAGAAGACAAAUCUUAUACUAAAUUUUAGUGUCAGCCAGGAGACACCUUAAAUAACAAAAAAAAAUACUUAUUUAUUAAUUUCUUAUGAUAUGAUAUUUUAGAUCCGGUUGCAUAAUACCUUUUAUUCGUAAUCUUUCACAUUCAUUAUUAUCUUUGUUAAAAAAUAUGUAUGUAAUUGUAAUUAUAAUUAUUUCAGUAGAUUUCGGGAGGUAACCCAUUUGACCGUAGUGCCCCAUAAUACCAAAAACUGUACGAUAUUACAGUCUUCCAAAAGUCCUGUAACGUCUUUAUUUGCUUUUCUACUUGGUGAGACAUUCAAAAUUAUUUGGAAGACAAUUUUAAGAACUUGAAUUUUACCUAAAACUAUUGGUUACUGUCAAUUUUUGUAGUAAAACUAAGAUACUUGCGUCAAUUUCUUCACUUAGUUACUCCAUGAUUUCUAAAUUUCCAUAGUUUUUUUUUAACACCUUUUAUAGCACACAAUUCUAUUAAGUAGCUAUCACCUAAAAAAAGCACAGGUCUGUGUUUUUUUUUUUUUUUUAUUAUAUGACAUCAGAAAGAAACUGGAUUCUUACACAAAUAAAAAAAUAUAGAUCUCGGACAGAACAGGUGGAAAAUUCUAGGAUAAAAAGUAAUAGUAGUAAAAACGAGAAAAGACUACUCUAAAUUUGGAAAGUUACCUCAUCUGGGGAUGGAAAUCACAAACCCAAUCCCACGCGCAAGAAGUAAGUUGUCAACAUCCGUCUCGUGCGAGACCUUUAUUUUGCAUAUUUUUUUUGGAUCAAUCAAAUUUUUCGUGACCCAGGAGACAACUCAAAGGUACCUAUAGUUUCUUAACAAAUUUUCAUCUCUAGGUAACAUUCUAAUGAAAUGUCAAAUGUAUGACCUAACUGUAGUAAUAGUUUUGUGAUCAAAAAUAAUGUAGAGUGAGCCAGGAGACAAUAAACUAAACUAAAAAUUUGAUUGACUCAUUAAAGAAAAACAACCCGAAAACUAUGUUAACUAAGUUUACAGUAACUAACAGGUCAAUUCGAACGUACACUGACAUAUAUCUGAAAGAUGUCAUUAAGUGGUCUUGCGUCUCGCUUGCGCCAAUACAUUGUACGGACGAGUACGAGCGAAAUGCACGAUAACUUAAUGACAUCAUAAUUAAAUCUCAAUCUGAUGCCAGUGUACGCUCAAAUUGGCCUGUAAAAAAAAUUGUCUUAUGAAAGCCUAAGUCCAAUGAUUUGAAAUUGAACCUUAUACACGAUAUAUAAAGAUAGUUUUUGAUUGAUAUUUUUGAAAUAAUCACUUUGUAUGUCGACUGACUUUCGCAAGGUCUUAGACGCUUUUGCGUUUCUAAGGUGGACUUUAUGUUGAAGAUAUAAGGUUGGAAAUAGAAGAGUUUGCGAAAGGCAGUUAAAUUAUGUAUUGAUGUUAGCUACACAAAUAAACAGGGAAUAUGAUGUUGAGUAAAUAAAUGGAAGUUUAAAUGUGAA